AUGCAGCCCUCCGAAAUGUUCGUUGGGUCAAUCGAUCAGGGGACUACCAGCACCCGAUUUCUGAUCUUCAAUCGUGAUGGGGAACCCGUCGCUUCUCAUCAGGUGGAGUUUGGCCAGAUAUACCCACAUCCGGGCUGGCACGAACACGACCCUCUCGAACUCGUCUCAUCCGUGGAAACCUGCAUCGCGGGCGCCGUCCAAUCCUUCGAAAGCCAAGGCCACGCCCGCACCAGCAUCGCCUGCGUGGGAAUCACCAACCAGCGCGAAACAACCGUCGUCUGGGACCACGAAACCGGCGAACCCCUCCACAACGCCAUUGUAUGGACCGAUACACGCUCCCAGUCCAUCGUCUCCGAGCUAAAGACCCGCCCGGGGGCGUCCCACCUCCAAUCCCUCUGCGGCCUCCCGCUAUCAACCUACUCCUCCGCGACAAAGCUGCUCUGGAUGCUGGAGCAUGUGCCCAAGGUGAAAGAUGCUUUUGACCGCGGGACGUUGGCGUUUGGAACCGUCGAUGCCUGGCUGGUUUAUCGUUUGAAUGGUGGCGUUGCGGCGAACGUGUUUGUCUCGGAUUCGACAAACGCGUCGCGGACUAUGUUUGUUAAUCUGGAGACGUUGCAGUAUGAUGAUGCGCUGUUGGAUUUCUUUGGUAUCAAGGGGAAGAUUCAUUUACCGAGGAUUGUCCCCUCAAGUGAUCCCUCUGCGUACGGGGUGAUUGCGAGUGGUGUUCUCGCCCAAGUCCCCAUUAUGGGAUGUUUGGGAGAUCAGUCGUCUGCAUUGGUUGGACAGAAGGGCUUCUCGCCGGGUAUGGCGAAGAAUACCUACGGUACUGGCUGCUUCUUGCUGUAUAACGUGGGCGAGAAGCCAGUGAUCUCGAAACACGGGCUGCUGGCGACGGUAGCGUAUGAUUUUGGUGGGAAGCCCGUUUAUGCGCUGGAGGGCAGCAUUGCGGUGGCCGGAUCUGGGGUCAAAUUCUUGCAGAAUAAUCUGUCAUUUUUCCAGGAUUCGAAGGAGGUGAAUGACUUGGCAUUGACGGUGGAGGAUAAUGGGGGAUGUGUGUUUGUGACUGCGUUUAGUGGGUUAUUUGCGCCCUAUUGGAUUGAUGAUGCCAAAGGGACGAUCUUUGGCAUCACCCAGUAUACGCAAAAGGGCCACAUUGCCCGCGCAACUCUCGAAGCAACCUGCUUCCAGACAAAAGCCAUUCUCGACGCAAUGGAAAAGGACAGUGGGAAAGCCCUUUCCGAGCUCGCUGUGGACGGAGGCAUGAGCAACUCAGACCUAGCAAUGCAGACCCAAGCAGACCUCAUCUCCAUCCCAGUCUACCGCCCCAAAAUGCGCGAGACCACCGCCCUAGGUGCCGCGAUCGCCGCAGGCCUCGCAGUCGGCAUGUGGCGCAACUUUGCCGAAUUACGCGAUAUCAACCGCGCCGGUGGCGCCGUCUUCGAGCCUCAAAUCAGCCGUGAAGAGAGCGCAACUAAAUUCGGUCAGUGGGAGAAAGCCGUGCGUAUGAGCAGAGGCUGGAUUGGUUCAGAUACUACCCAGAAUCAGGACGGAGAUAGGAGUACCGACGGCGAGAAAAAGUCUGUCGCGCACGAAGCUCUGCCUAACAACACGAACAAGGCCACGACAAACGGGCCGCCCACGGCACCGAGCGAGAAUCGGGGUAUGGGUAUUCCCAAAGCUGUCCCGCGACAGAAUGCCUCGCCGCUGGUUUCGGAGCUAGUGACGAGUGGUGGUCUGGGUGCGACAUUGAAGGUGAAGACGAGGACGGCAGCAAAUGGAGAUACAGAUAGAGAUAGGAAUCGGGAUUGGGACUUUUCGCCGGCAAAGACGCCGUUGAUUAGUGUUUCGGGGGAUUUGGAUGAUGCGGAUGAGGAGGAUUUGUUUUUGGAGUUGAGGAAGGUGGAGAUUUUGCAGAAGUUGAAGAAGUUGAGGAAGUUGAAGUUGAGUUAUUUCUAA